AUGACAGACUUUGGAGAGAUUCUAAGGAACAUUGGGGAAUUUGGAUUAUUCCAGAAGGUCACUCUAAUUGCACUUUGCUUUCCAAACUUUGUUCAGCCUUUUCUCUUUGCCAGUUUUGUUUUUAUCCAAUCAGAUCCAGACAGACACUGCAACACAGACUGGAUCCUCAGUGCUGCUCCUAACCUGACCUCAGAGGAGCAGCUCAACCUGACCGUGCCUCGGGAGGAGGAUGGGACCUUCAGCAAGUGUGAGAUGUUUGUCCCAGUGAGCUGGGACAUUGAUACUAUCAGAGAGUACGGACUCAAUGAGACCACAGGGUGCCAGGAUGGGUGGGUGUAUGGGAACAUGCUCUAUAAAGCCACCAUAGUCACUGAUUUUGAUCUAGUGUGUAGCCAGGCCAGCUUGGUGGAAGUGAUUCAAGCAAUGUUCAUGGCUGGAGUUCUUGUUGGUUCCCUCGCAUUUGGACCUUUUGCUGAAUCGUUCGGCCGCAAACGAGCAACUCAGAUUCCAGCAGUUCUGUUGUCUGUAUUCACUGUGACAACAGCUCUCUGUCCCAACGUCUACUUAUAUUUAGUAUCUCUGUUUUUGGUGGGAUUUGGAGCUGGAGGAUAUCGAGUCAACAGCAUCAUACUGUCCACUGAAUGGAUUGGGACGUCCAAAAGAUCAUGGGGAGCUUGCGUGACUCAGCUGUUUAGUGCAAUUGGACAGUGCAUCCUCGCUGGUAUGAUCUAUGGCAUCCGAAACUGGAGACUGGCUCAGCUGAUCACAGCAGUUCCGCUUGCAGUUCUUAUUAUCUACAUAUGGUUUAUUCCAGAGUCAGCCAGGUGGCUGUUAAGCAGAGGCAGAAAAGAAGAAGCCAAACAGCUCAUUGUCAAAGCAGCAGCCAUUAACAAACACCCUGUGUCAGAGACUCUUCUGGACAAGAUUGAAGUGAAUAACACUGUGAAUAAUGGAGGAAUAAAAAUCAUCUUCAGAUCAUCACUGUUGACCAGAUAUUUCUUUGUUAUAAUACUAUCAUGGUUUUCAGUGAACCUUUCUGUCUACAGCCUGUACUUAGACAUGGAAAACUUUGGUUUGAGCAUCUUUUUAAUUCAGCUCCUUUUUGGUGUUUUUUCAAUACCAUCUGUUUUACUGUCCAUGUGGCUGCUGGAGAUUUUUGGGAGGAAAAUAUUAUUCAUAGCAACCCUUCUGAUCGGAGGAGUCUCUUCCAUUCUUAUCCUUGCUGUUCCUGAUGGUUACGCCAUUGCUGUCACAUCUUUAGCUGUUGUGUCUCGUUUUUUCUUGAUAUGGGCUGGCUCUAUUUGUAUGGUCUUUAUGCAGGAGUUGUUUCCAACAUCAGUUAGACAAACAGCCACAGCUUUAGGAUCCAUGUCAGGAAGAUUAGGUGGAUUACUGGCUCCACUGAUGAAAUUGUUGGCCACGUACCACUGGGUCAUACCCAUCACAGUCUUCAGCUGCCUUACCUUGAUAGGUGGAUUUCUCGGCUUCUUGCUUCCCGAAACCAAAAGAAAAGAGCUUCCUGAGACGACUGAAGAGGCUGAGCGCAAUGGACAAGUGUUGUUUGACACACCUGAGUACAACACAGCUUUAAAGACCUGCUGGCACCUUCAAAGCUACAAGACUCAGAUUGCAGUGAUGAUGGCAUUCCUUGGCCUUCAGCAGGAAAAUCAGAUACCACCUCAUAUAACUGCUGAAGAUAUGAUCAACCUUUUAAUGGAGGAGAACAAAAAAACACUGAGAGAGCGACUUUGGGAGUUUGACAUUGAGAAAUUUGAAGAAAAUGAAACCAAAGGUCUUCUGAAACUGGUGUGGGCAGUGAACAUUAUUAAUAAAAUGAAGGACAUUGAGCUACAGGCUCGGCUGCUCCUCAAAUAUCCAGAGGCCAUACCUCCCAAAUUUCAAACGCCUAAACUCCUCAGCAUGUUCAACAAAUACCUUGAGAUCCUUAAAGAGAAGCAGCAGGAAACACAGACCUCCAGACUGCUAAGCCCCCAAGAAGUAGGGAUAGAGGUAGUUCCCAGAGUCCUGCAAGGCUUCUGGGAGCAUCCUCCUUACCCCCUUUUGAACCUGGCAUCUCAGAGUCUGAGCAAGCUCUCCACCUGUGUUACAAAAGCCACUCUGGAUCAAGUCUCCAACACUCCCAGAGCAAUGGAAAGCAAGGCCAUCUUCUCCCGCUCCAUGCGAGAUGACAUGGUCCAAACCAUCUUGGCAGAAAUUAGAGAGAAACACCCAGACGACACUGUGCUCAACAACACUGCAAACCACACUAACCUGCUCACUACAAUCGCUGGUGUAGCAACAAGCCACAUUUGUAAGAUCUUGCAGCCCCAGAUCCCCAAAGAGCCAGUUCAUCACACACGUGCUGCUCAAUGCCCAACAAGAGAUCAGAACGACUUAAACAUUACUGGAACUGAGGAAGAAUCUACAAGUCCAGAAAUUAACGAUGAUAUGGUAACACCAGGUUCUCCAUCAGCCUCUGCUGAAUCUCCAUUUUUGUCUGAGGUUCAAGCCAGUGAGGAACACCCUUCAGAAACAUCAUCCAUGUGUGAACCACUUAUACCAGUUACCAAUACUACAGAGAGCUGUGAAGACCUUAAAACCAAGAAGAAAGAAAAAGGUUUCUUCCAAAAACUCUUCAAAGCUCUGUGCUGUUUCUGUGUCAGUCCCACAGCGACUGACUGA